AUGGAUUUCUUUUGGAACGCACCUCCCGUGGCCAGGACGCUCACUGCGGCAACCCUCAUUGAGUCCUUGCUGGUCCACGGUCGGAUCAUCGGUGUGAGACAGCUCGCUUGGGCCCCAAGCUUGAUCUUCUGGAAAUUCCCUCCUCAGUUAUGGCGGAUUGGCACCGCUUUCUGUCUCACUCGCCCAGAUCUGGAGUUUCUCUUCGACUUGUACAACUUAUGGCGCUACAGCAGUGCUCUGGAGUUGGAGUCGAUUCGCUUCCCCCAGCCUGGAGAUUUCUUCAUCUAUCUUCUCUUCGUAAGCACUGUUAUUCAGCUCACGGCAGGCCUGUACCUUGGAGGCUACUUCUUCCUCACUAGUCUUACUAUGGCCCUUAUCUGGACUUACGCCCAGGAAAAGCGAGGCACCAAGGUCACAUUCUUCGUGAUCACCAUCCCGGUCAUUUAUUUGCCCGCUGUGAUGCUAUGUCUCACCUUGGUUCGUGCUGGAUGGGGUGGGGUCUUGUAUGAAAGCACCGGCAUUCUCGCCGCCCAUCUCUAUCAUUUCCUUACGCACAUCUAUCCGACGUACGGAGGUGGCCGAAACUACAUCUCCACGCCGCUCUUCGUCCAGCGCUUCUUUUACAAGCACACACCAACCACUUCGCGUCCUUAUGGUACCCCCUACCGGCCAGCUCCUUCCUCUGCUUCUCAAGGCCGCGCCUCCGGCACCGAUGCAGGAGCGCGAUGGGGAAGCUGGGGCUCCGGGCGGAGACUUGGAUGA